UUAGAUGGCAGAGUUUUCGCGGCUUUUGUUCCGAACUGUUGGAUCAUGUUGUAAGGGUUUCGAUAUAAUCCUAAAAAAGUGCAAAUAUUAAUUUAUUUUUGAUAUAUUACUUAGCCUAAGUAAGUGAUAAUUCGAUAAAAUAGUGAAAAACGAAAAAAAGUCAUAAAUAAUAUCAACAUUGAAGGGUAAUGUUAUGUUUUGAGUGGGGAUUGAGGGGAAAGUGGCAGUAGCUUGGAAGCGCGGCCAUUUUAUGUUAGUAUGACGUAGAGGCUGGGUGUAGCACAGCUUCGCGUUGAACCGUCCGUGUUGUUUUAAACUCAAAAUAACGCGAAAAAGUCUCAUGCAGAACUCGAAAUAAAUGUUUGGUGUACGCACAGGAGGUGUGACGUUGUAAAUAAAGUUCGGAAAGUAGGUGGACCAGAAGGUGGGGUAGGUUUAGCAAAGUGGUUGGCGUAGUUGUCGGCUUAAAGUACAAUCACAGAGCAUGACCGAGGAAAAUAAUCCCCGUACGCUUUACGUGGGUAAUCUAGACCCAUCUGUGACCGAGGAGCUUCUUGGCACAUUAUUUUCUCAAAUGGGUGCGAUUAAAGGAUGCAAAAUUAUACGUGAACCGGGCAAUGACCCCUAUGCUUUCAUUGAGUUUACAAGUCAUCCGUGUGCGGCUACUGCACUCGCCGCCAUGAAUAAAAGAAGUUUCCUCGAGAAGGAGAUGAAGGUUAACUGGGCCACGAGUCCGGGUAAUCAGCCUAAACUUGACACAAGUAAUCAUCAUCACAUAUUUGUUGGUGAUUUGUCACCUGAAAUUGAAACUCAAGCACUCAAAGAAGCCUUUGCGCCUUUUGGCGAAAUAAGUAACUGCAGAAUCGUCAAGGAUCCUCAAACUCUCAAGAGUAAAGGAUAUGCGUUUGUAUCAUUUGUCAAGAAAUCAGAAGCUGAAGCUGCAAUCAAUGCAAUGAAUGGUCAAUGGUUGGGAACACGUAGCAUUAGAACAAAUUGGUCUACUAGAAAACCUCCACCACCUAGAUCAGAAAGGCCGAGGCAUGCAAACAAUAGCAAACCUAAUUAUGAAGAGGUAUAUGCCCAAAGUAGUCCAACCAAUUGCACAGUUUAUUGUGGUGGCUUUACAAACGGCAUAACUGAAGAACUUAUCAGAUCUACUUUCAAUAAUUUCGGUACUAUUAGUGAUGUUAGAGUUUUCAAGGACAAGGGUUAUGCUUUUAUCAAAUUUACCACUAAAGAAGCAGCAACACAUGCCAUUGAGGCUACACAUAAUACAGAAAUAAAUGGUAGUAUUGUUAAAUGCUUUUGGGGUAAAGAAAAUGGUGAUCCUAAUAGCGUUGGACCAAACGCUAAUCAACAAGCUCAACAGAUUACUACGGGAGCUGGCCAAUAUCCUUAUGGAUAUGGCCAACAAAUGAGUUAUUGGUAUCCGCAAGGUUAUCCGCAAAUGCAAGGACAAUUUAUACCACCAGCGCAGUACUAUGGUCAGUACUACAGUCAACAAGCUCAGUACAUGAAUAGCAUGAAUAGUAUGAGAAUGCCAACUCCGGCGGCAGGCACAUGGCAACCUGGAACAUCUGCUGCUGCACCACCAACAGGAACUGCUCCUCUUCAACCAGGACAACAACCUAUGGUAGCUUAUACGAUGCCACAAUAUCCUACACAAUGAAACCGAUUUCAUGGAAAUUAAGACCAACCUUACAAGACAUGUGACAAAAAAACGAAAAAAUAAAUAAAUAAAUAAAUAUCUAAAUAAAAAAAAAACGAAAAAAAGAAUAAGGAACAUUUGAAUGGGGGCUUCUUUGAACAAUCAUUUUAGCACGUGUCUGGUACAAAAAUAAAUACGCUCACGCUCUCACUGAUGAGGAACUAAUAAAUGAAAGAUGAGUGUUAAAAGUCUUAAGUUACAUUUAAUCUGACGAUUCUGCAUAUCAGAAUAAUUAUUUCUUAUAUUUUUUGAAUUUAAAAAAAUAAAGUAUUUUAUUACUUUAUUUUUUUUAAUAUUUUCAGAUUGCGGUUCAUCUAUUUAAAAAUACAGUUGUACAAUUACUUCAAAGUGAACUACAAUCAUGGCUUUGGUUAAACAAUUUCAAGAUAUUUUUAUUUUUAUUAUAAUAAUAUUAGUUGUGUGAGCGUGGCGUGACUGUAUAAAAUAAUGAGAAUCGUAGUUUUUGCUACUUCAUAGAGCCCUUCACUCAUUUCGUUGAUGUUCGAUCCAUAUUACCUAUCACUAUUUACUUUUGUUCUCGAUUAGUCUUUUUAAAGAAACAUCAUUUAUUAAAUAACAAUAUAAAUAACAUUUUUUAAAUAACUUUUUUACACAUGAGUUAUUUAUAUUCGAUAACGAUAAACCAUUGGAUCACAUUGCGUGAUAAGUUUAGGGCUCUUGAUGGAGCAAUUAUAGUUAAAUGUAGAGAAUUAGCUAAAAAAAUAAUAAUGAAAUGACAGUGCGUUUAUUGUCGGUAGUUGUUUAUUUCAACUAUUUUCAUUUUAUUUGAAAUAUGACAAAAAAAGUCGACAUUUUGAUUGAUUUUUCUCUAAUAAAUGUAGUAAAUUAAAUGAACUUAUAAAAAAUGUA